AUGAGCUCGAGAAUCCUUUCCCGUCUUUCUAGGGCACGCCAUGGGCUUAGCCAUCACCGAGUGGCUCUUCUUUCUCCUCUUCGGCAGUAUCAUGUCCAGUGCACAUCCUACGGCUUCGGUUCCAUAGGAGUCGCCGCCGCGGGUCCUUCUGCCAAGGUAUGCUUGUACAGGGGUGCCAUCUCCUUGUCUGGUCAACGUCCGGUUUCUUCCUCUUUGUUACCAGCUUCGGUGGAUAAGAAUAUUUUUCCGUGGAUACGUCUUAUGUUUAGUCUACUGUGAUCGUAAGCACAGAAACUGUUGUAGUCUGGUUGCUAGCGUAUACGAUUCUGAUUUAUUUUUUUCCGGUUAAUUUGAGUGGUGCAGUUUUGGGGUUCAGGGUUUGUGGGGUGGGCUAUGGCCCCUCGAGCAGUAGUUUGGGUGUGUCGUGCAAUCGUUAUUUUCAUUUUCAUAUUGUGAGGUAUAAUUGUGGGGAAGGGUUUGUUUCUAUUAUCAACGUGCGUUCAUCCGAGCGUGCUUGUGCAGAUAUCAAACUUUUUAACUACUGCGUGACGCAUCCAGAACUAGGGCUUCUUUCCUGCUUUCGAAAAUUAUCAUUCCUUGUUCUCGAUUUUUUAUUUGUUAUUUUCGAUUUCACUUCUUAUCAUCAUUUUUUUCAUUGUGGCCAAUCCUUUGAUUAUAUUAUUGCUCCUUUGAAAAUAAAUUCAGUGAGUUAAGUGUUUAUGAUUCUGAUUUCUUGUUUAUGGAAAAGGGUGAUGAGACAUUCGUCUUGAAGGGUGUUGACUAAAAAUGAAUGUGAUUGUAUAAAUAAUUCUGGUAAGAGUUUCUAGAGACCUUCAUCUCGCUUAGAGAAAGCUCGAUCAGAGAACAAUAAUGUGAGAUUUUCUGGCUAUUCUACAAGUUGAAUUUCUGAUUCCAAUGUGGACUGGGGCUCAGCAGGCACAAAUUAGAUGGUUCAGGCUUGGGCCAACUCAAUUCAGCUUGAAAUUGGUCAACAUGUCCUGUCCUACAUUUGUGGAGGUAGGAGGCUCAGAUUUAGCAAAGUCUGAACUCUGCACUGCCCAUCUACAUACCCAUGCACUCAUUACCAUUCAUUUUCCUUCGGAAAAUGAGCUGGUUUUCCCCUCUAAAUCAACUGUCUAACAUCUCCCGAUAGAUUCUCUUGCGUGCCCUUAAACUGUUCUUGGAGACCUAAUGUACUUGCCAUUUCACCUAUAUCCUGGAGCAUCUAUCAAUAUUUGAUUGAUGCCGUAUGUAUCUCUUUACGGGUAGGGUUUGGACAGUAAUAUAUGUCCUAAUGCACCUUGCCUUAAUGCUAUCUUCUAACGCCAAUAUUUAACCCAUUCCACCUCUAGCUUGUUGACGACGGUCAGUGAAAUCAAGAGUCAAUAGCAAGAGCACAUGACCCUCUUGAGUCUCCCUCCCACCACUGGUGGACUGGACACAAUAAUUCUGCACAUAUAAAAUAUAAUUAAGUUAUGAAUUGGAGAUGAAAUAACCAGUCUAUUACAACUAGUCCACCUUGGAGUUCUUAUAUUUGCUGCUUAUAUGAUGAAAAGCUUGGCUACCUUCUGAUCACACUUAACUGGUGCUGAUAUCUGCAAGAGUGAAAUGGCCUCAUUCUUACAUCAAAUAUUAUAUGAAAUUUCAGAAUCAGAGUCUCGAGUAACUUUCAAUGGCCUGAUUAGGUAAGGAUGGCAUCCUCACUGUGGCUUAGGGAUGAACACUGACGGCAUGACCCUUUACUACUGCAGUCAUUAAUAUUUUUGAAAGACAUCUUUCAGACUGUGUCAUCUUCUAGGUUCUUCACUUCAUUUUGUGAGUUGGGAACCUGGAGGACGUGCACUUUGCGCAUCUCUUCUUGAGGCAGAUCACUUACUGAAUUCUAUAUGCUACUUGACUCAAUGCAUGUUGGCGAAAUUUCUUAAUCUUAAUGAUCGCUGUGGUCGGUAUGGUUUAACACGUUCGCAUCUUUAUUUUAAAUCUCAUGGACACCUUGUUAAACUGAUCUACCGAAUUCAGCGGAAAGUUAACUUUCAUUUAGCAAUACAGGAACCUUAUCUGGAUUUAUGCUAGAUGGUUAUUGUUAAGUAUUCCAUUGGUCUACUUUUUGUUCCUGUUAAUCCAUAUUCAUAAUUUUUAAGUAACAUUUGCGUGCCCUAAUUACAUAUUUUCGUUUCCAGUGGGUUCCCUGCUUGGUUAGUCUAUCAUCACAAUUCCAGCGGCUUGGGUUCAGCUCAACUGCCUCUCCUCAGCCCAAUGGCAGGGAGUCUAGUCAAGUUUCUGAUGAACAACAAACUGUCAACCAAGCUGAGACAAACAACGAAGCCAAAGGCAGUGCUAGAGCGCCAGAAACAACAGGUGCAGGCCCAAACCUAUGACAUGGAUGUUUACAUUCCCAUUUUUUCAAGAAGUUUGGUCCCAUCAGAAAGGAGAAAAUGCUUAACUGCGUUCAUUCUAUGUUCCAGACACUGAGGAGGAUGAUCUAUGUAUUGAUGAUUUAGUAAAGCUAGUUGCGGAAAAAGAAGAGCUGCUGAAAGUGAAACACAAAGAGAUCGAGAAAAUGCAGGAUAAGGUUCUUCGGAGUUAUGCUGAAAUGGAAAAUGUGAUUGAUAGGACAAAACGUGAGGCAGAAAAUUCCAAAAAAUUUUCUAUACAGGUGAGUUAUUACACAUUUAUCUGCUGGGAUGCCGUUCUCUUUUUAACAUUUCCUUGUUGUUCAUUGUGAUGUUUUACUUUCCUCUAAUGAGUUUUUUGGUAAAAACAGAAUUUUGCAAAGAAUCUUUUAGAUGUUGCUGAUAACCUGGGAAGAGCAUCAUCUGUUGUUAAGGAAAGCUUUUCAAAGUUGGAAACAUCUGAGGACUCUGCAGGAGCCGUGUCACUCCUCAAAACAUUAUUGGAGGGUGUUGACAUGACUGAUAAACAGCUUGGAGAGGUAACAUGUUUCUCUAGUGAGUAAAAACUUUCAGUGCAUUUUAAUUUUAGAUAUAGGGCACCAGCUUAGGGUUAUUCUUUUGCAACGCAAUUGGGGAUAUUUUUGCACGCUGGAUUGUUAUGCUGGUUUUGCGUUUUUAUUUUUGACAAUACUAGGUUAGUAUGGUAUUGGUAGUUUGUAUUGCUCUCAUGAUUUUCCUUUUAGCCAGCCCGUCUGACGAGUGAUUUAUCAAGUUUCCUUAAAUGUUGUUGACAAAUAAUGAAUUAAAGAUUAAAAAUAUCACGAGUAAUGUUAUAAAAAAAAUCAUUACUUUCUGGAGUUAAAAUGCUGAAAUGUUAGUCUAAAGACUGAUAUUAGUCUAAAGAGUUAUGAUAGAAUUAUUUUUGGGGAGAAGAAAGAAUGACAAGGAUGUUCCCCUAAUCUUUUUGUAAAGAGCACCUCGCCCCACUCUGAUAAUGUCUGAACAAACCCUGUGCAGAUGGAGCAUUCCGUAUACUCCCAAUGUUUUGUAUGCGUUUUGAAUUACCUGCCUCAAGUCGUUCAUUGCCUGCUAUUUGGGAAAAAGCCAAACUAUAUGUAUGCCACCCUUGGGGACCUGCAGUGGAUCUGACUUUUCUCAACUGUGUGCACUUUGUUUGUCUCAUUAGAAGUUGUUUCCAUAUCCUCCCCUUGUAUUUCUCUCCUCUCACUCACCCAAACACACAUCCACUAUCUUCGCUGAAGUAAUCUGGACGUAUCGGGUACACCUCAUAUCGUGUUAUAUUCCCUUACACCCUUGCCAUAGAAAGCAUUUAAAAGUGUUUGCUCUGUGCCGGUUUUUUAUCCACCCUACCCUAACUUCAGUGGCGUUGAGCUGCUUUUUAAAUGUCAUAGUUACACACUCCAUUGGAUAUCAAUGAUGGAUGUUCUCACCGUAGUCUACUAUGGUCAAUCUUUGACAAGAUGGCUCUUGGAAUCGUAGAAUAUUGUUGUGCUGAAGAGCCCUACAUAAAUUACCGAAACAGUUAUAGACGAACACGCCUUUUAAAUUGAGCAUUUGAAGCUGGUGCAUCAAAUGAGCUAUUAGCCUCUGACAUGAUUCAUGCAUCAAACGAAUUAUGCUUGACAACCUCCAAUCCACAACGUCUUUAAUUUCUGUAUAAGUUUUAAAAAAAAAAUACAACCUAGCGAUGAGAAUUGAUGGGUUCUUUUGGAAUACAAAUUAAGCAAACUAGAAUGUUUUUGAUAGAUAUUAUUGGGUAGUGAUUUUUAUUUUCAUGUCCAUGUUUUCUGAUUUCCGUCUAAAUAACAGUUGAAAAUUUCCGCUUUCAGGUGUUUAAAAAGUUUGGAGUGGAGAAAUUUGAUCCUACUAAUGAGCAUUUUGAUCCGCAUAGGCAUAAUGCUGUUUUCCAGAUCCCAGAUGCUUCGAAAGAACCUGGUACUAUUGCUGUUGUUCUCAAGGUAUGUGUUGAGCAUAAGUUGCUGCUGGAAGUAGUUGUGAAAUCUCACCGGAUUAAAGUUUAAUUCAAGGAUCUAUAAAAUCUGUUUUGUAAUAUAAUCGAACAAAAUGGUGAUAUGACUAGCAGGAAAUGACUAUUGAGAUACGACUUAUCUUUCCAAUUACUUUGCGCUGAUAAAUACCAAGUUUUUGCUGUUUUUCCAUGUUAUAAUAAAUUUCCAGUUUCACUACACAACUUAUAGAACGGGUUUCAAUGUAAAUCGUUUUACCAGCCUGUAUCUUUCGUCGUCAUUCAAUGGCAACACAAAUACUUUAUUUGAGUUGGAGGCAAUAGUCAAGAAGGUCUUAACAUAGUGAUGUCAAAAUCUAUCAACUUUGAUAAUGCAUUGUUUGUAUUAAAAAAUUCUUGAAGAAAUGCAUCACAGAUUGGUUGUUCCGAAAAUGUACCAAAAAUAUGAUGAGGACCUUCUUUUUGAAGGUUGCUCUUGGUUGAUUUUAUUUUGUUAUUCCACUGUUGCCAUACGUUGUAGGACUAAGAUAAUAAUAAAACAUUUGAUCCCAUCAAUACGAUGUAGGACUGAAACAUUGAUGCGGCUGCAUCAAUAUUACUAUCUAGCUUGCUACCUCGAGAAUUAGUAUUCUCCUUGACUGCUUUAGCGUCCAUAUUGUUCCAGAAGUGUGAUGAAUCUAUCAUGAUUUUAUCUCCCAUAGAGGGGAUAGCCCUUUUGCCACGAGCAUAAUGUACCUACUUCUAAAUGAGGAUGCUGAUUAUGCUUGCCUUUUAACUGAAUGAUAUGUUUUUUAUUUCCGUUAUGCAAUUCCAUAAUUCGUUCUAAUUAGCUGUUGUUUUGAAAAUUCUGAUAUAACUUUUAGUUAAAGAAAAUGCUAAGAUAAAGUACUAAGAUAUGAAUUUUCUCGCUUGGUGCUUCUCAGUAUUACCCUUGAUACAUUUUCUCAAUUCAAAUCUGAAUAAUCUCUUUUCUUUUUUACUCUUCUUGACGGAUUAAAAUGGCAUGUUGACUAGGGAGACCUCUUUAUGUCAACUUUAGAAUUUGUUUUUAGCCGCGCAGUAGACACCAUAUAUAUAUAUAUAUAUAUACUGAUCCUCGGCUGUAUACUUGUCUUCUGGAGAUUAGUCAAGUAUGUUUCCUGGUAGAUUGGAGUACAUUCACAAGCUCAGUGCUUCUGUAAUUGUGCUUUUUCUCAGAGAUUUGUAAAUCCGCUAGCUCAAUCCAUUUAUUGCAAUUACUGUAAGGUAGAUGUUACUCUAAAAGAUCAAAUCUUGCAAUGAAGUAUCCCACGACUAUAUCUUUCUCCAUGGUAACCGAAGCUCCCGCUCCCUUUUCCAAUUUUUCUACCUGUUACUUCUCCUAUUUUUUCAAGUCUAUUUUUGGAAGGCUCUCUUCUUUCCAUCUAUACAGAUUCCUGUCUUCUCUGAAAGGGUAUCUUAACUGGAUUCCCUAUCUCAACGGUGAUUACUUCCCAUUAAUGGACAUUGGCUGAGCACUGCUGAGGGGGAGUCACGUAGGGUUCUGCAUCUUUUGGGAGACAUCUGUGGAAUGCUAUUUAUAGUGAAGCCUGCAGUUUUCCUCAUUUUCUUCAGCCUCAUCGCUGGACAAGCAUUUAUGGAAUGUAGACAUUGCUUCUGAAUGAUUUAAUACCUGCUUAUGGAGGCAUACACUCCUAGAAACAAUGGGUAAUUACUGUGUUGGAGCUCAACGUUGACUUUGAGAAAGUCCACGCGCAUGCUAGCAGAACUGACACAGUAUCCUUUUCUUUUCUAUGACCCGUCAUGGAGGUUCACAUGGGUUCUGCUCUCUUCAUUCUGACCUUCUCCCUGAACAGAAAUUCCUGUCGACAACUCGGCAAAGUUUUGACUUUUUUGUUCUUUCUCUUUUUGCUCAUCUUCCUGAUUUCAUGAAAAAAAAAAGAAGAAAAAAACUACUAAAAAUGGCUUGUGUCUGCUGCCACUGCAGGCGGGUUACAUGCUGUACGACCGUGUCAUUCGGCCAGCCGAAGUCGGCGUGAUUCAAGCUGCAGACGAUGCCAACGAGGGCUCCGACGCAUAG